AUGGCAUUGGAAGCGCUGGAAAAUAUUACACAGAAGGACUAUAAGUUCAAGAACUGGGCUGGUAUCUACAGUUGUAAGCCACAAUUGUAUUUCCAACCAACCACAAUAGAUGAAGUGUCCAGUGUUGUUAAGAAUGCAAGGGCUCUAGGUAAGACAAUUGUGACCGUUGGGUCAGGCCAUUCUCCUAGUAACAUGUGUAUCACCAAUGAAUGGUUGAUGAAUUUAGAUAAAUUAAACAAAGUCUUAGGGUUUGAAGAGUUUAAGGAUUCACAUUUCGCCGAUGUUUCUGUAGAGGCUGGUAUUCGUGUUUUCCAAAUUAACGAAUACGUUGCUACUAAAAAUUAUGCGGUUCAAAACUUGGGUUCCAUCUCCGAACAAAGUAUUGCAGGUAUUAUCUCUACAGGGACUCACGGUUCCUCACCAUUCCAUGGUCUGGUAUCAUCGAAUAUCGUAAAUUUAACAAUUGUCAAUGGUUUAGGGGAAGUCGUAUUUUUAGACUCUGAAAACCACCCAGAAGUAUUCAGGGCCGCUUUACUUUCCUUAGGUAAGAUUGGUAUCAUUGUUAGAGCUACUGUUCGUGUUGUACCUGCAUUCAAUAUUAAAUCUACUGAAGAAGUAAUUACUUUUGAGGAUUUGCUAGAAAGUUGGGAUACUCUAUGGACAUCAUCCGAAUUUAUCAGAGUUUGGUGGUAUCCUUAUUCUCGCAAAUGUGUUCUAUGGAGAGGUAAUAAGACUGAGGAUAUACCAACAAAACCACGUAAGAGUUGGUGGGGUACUACUUUAGGUAGAAUCUUUUAUGAAACGUUACUAUGGUUAUCUUGUAAAAUCUAUACUCCACUAACGCCAUAUGUUGAAAGAUUCGUUUUUCAAAGACAAUAUGGUAAACUUGGCGGUAAAGGUAAUGGAAACACUGCUGUGGCAACCUCUGUUAAAGCAUUUAAUAUGGAUUGUUUAUUCUCUCAAUUUGUUAACGAAUGGGGGUGUCCACUAGAAAAUGGUCCACAAAUUUUACGUUCAUUAGAUCACAGCAUUAGCCAAGCUAACCAAAACAAAGAAUUUUACGUUCAUGUUCCAAUGGAAAUUCGUUGUUCCAACACUACUCUACCUUCUGAACCACUUGAUACUAAGAAUAGAACUGUUACUAGUCGUGGUACAGUAUAUGGUAACAUCUUACGUCCAUAUUUGGAUAAUACCCCAUCUGGUUGUAGAUACACUCCUUUGAACAGUGUAACUAACAGCCAAUUGACACUAUACAUCAAUGCUACCAUCUACAGACCAUUUGGUUACAAUACUAGAAUCCAUGAAUGGUACUCUAUAUUUGAAGAUACAAUGUCCGUUGCUGGCGGGAAACCUCACUGGGCAAAGAAUUUCUUGGGAUCCACAAAUAACACCGCAGGUGAGAUCAAGGAAGAGUCUGAAUAUGACGAUUUUGAAGGUAGAGGUCUGGGUAGAAAGAUCAAGGAAUGGUAUGGCGAUGAUCUUGUAGCCUUCAGAAAUAUCAGAGAGCAACAGGACCCAGAUAAUGUCUUCUUAAUGAAUAAAGAAUGGGCAUUCCGUAACGGAAUUGCCAAUGAAUAA